AUGCAACCUUGCCUUAACCAUACAUCUUGUCUCUUUAGGAAGAAGACAAUCUACAAAAGUGCCUGCCUGUCCUUUGUGCUGGUGAUCAUGGUGACGGUGCUGCAGAGGGGGAUGACUCCUAGCCAUUUCAUUCAGGGCCAGCAGCAGAAAGAAUUGCACCAAGAGCCCGUGAAAGCUCAGAAGAGAGAUGGCAGCUUCUCCAAGACCGGCAACUUCUGGAAGAGCAAGAAGGAGAAGACCCACCUGGAGGUGGAGGGAGUCACUGAGAACCAGGUGAAAUCCUGGGAUGUCACCACUAUCAAUUGCACGGCCAACCAGAACAUCAGCAAGUUGGACUGGUUCAAGGGGCUGGAACCCAACUUUCGGCAGUUCCUGCUUUACCGGCACUGUAGGUACUUCCCCAUGCUGAUCAACCACCCGGAGAAGUGCAGGGGUGACAUUUACCUGCUGAUUGUGGUCAAGUCUAUCAUCACGCAGCACGACCGGCGGGAGGCCAUCCGAAGGACCUGGGGCCAGGAGAAAGAGGUGGAUGGGAAAAAGAUCAGGACUCUCUUUCUGCUGGGCACGGCCGCCAAAGAAGAAGAGAGGGCCAACUACCAGAAGCUGCUGGAUUAUGAGAACCACAUCUAUGGGGAUAUCCUACAAUGGGAUUUCCUGGACAGUUUCUUCAACCUCACCCUCAAGGAGGUCCAUUUCCUAAAGUGGCUCAACAUCUACUGCGACAGCGUUCGCUUCAUCUUCAAGGGGGAUGACGACGUCUUCGUCAGCCCCAACAACAUCCUGGAGUUCCUGGACAACAAGAAGGAAGAAGACCUGUUUGUGGGGGACGUUCUGUACAAAGCCAGGCCGAUCCGGAAGAAAGAGAACAAGUACUACAUCCCCAGCGCCCUCUACAACAAGAACAGCUACCCACCCUAUGCGGGUGGUGGAGGUUUCCUCAUGGAUGGGCCCCUGGCCAUAAAGCUCCACAAGACCUCGGAGACCUUGGAGCUGUACCCCAUCGAUGACGUCUUCCUGGGGAUGUGCCUGGAGGUCCUCAAGGUGGCGCCAGUCAGACACGAGGGCUUCAAAACCUUCGGCAUUGUGAAGAACAAGAACAGCAAGAUGAACAAGGAGCCGUGUUUCUACCGGAGCAUGAUGGUGGUUCACAAACUGUUGCCCCUGGAGCUGCUCCAGAUGUGGAACCUGGUCCACAGUAACUUAACCUGCUCCAGAAAGCUCAACGUCCUUUAGCAUGUGGCUUCCUUGAGGAGCUGUGGCAGGAAGGGUUGGAGCAUCUAGAACCUUGUCUUGGGGGGCGAGGGGAAAGAACCUAGAACCAGAUGAAGGCAACAAACUAUUCUGGGACUACUCCAGAGCCUUCCCUUCCGGCGACGAGAGGAGAGAGACUGUGGUCGGGGGGAGGGAAGGUUUCUAAUGGGGUAUUUCUGUACUGUACUGCAUUUUUUAUCCCCAACUGGGUUGGGGGGUUGCUAAAAAAGAAAAAGGAGGAUGAGAGAAAAGAGAGAGAGAACAAGGAUCAUCUUGGGGAAAACUUCUGGGUGCUACAUUUCAGGAAAGAUGUGGA